UACAGGCUGGAUAGGGAAUAUGCCGUCAGUUUUCGCCAGUUCGAGGAAGCGUUCACUGCCGAACCACUUGGAAAGAAAGCUCCACCGGUAAUAUUUGAAGGUCUAGGUUCGGAAUGCUCUCUAUCGGUAGCACAAACCUUUCGAAUGAUGCAAGAUAUUGCCUGUGACCCUAACUUUAACUUGAAACGUCUACUUCCACCAAGUUGUUUCGAACCAGAUGGCUAUGUAUUAUGUCCUCAGUUUCGGAAGGCGCUGAAAUUGAUGCGUCUCAACAUGACCGAAGAGAACUUUAGACGCUUAUGGACUGACAAACUUGACAUGGAAAAAGUUGGCUCUAUCAGUACAAAACAAUUAUGUCGUAUACUGGGUCUGAAAGAAGAUGGCACUCCUUCAGGAGUUCAUCCAAAUGUAAAUGCACUCAGGGUCAAAGGCAUUCCAAAACUCAAUCGAGACCCGAGGCUGUUGGAAGCAAAAAAAUGGCCUCCAUUCUCAUUACUUCCACCGAAUGCAUCAGAUAAUAAUGCCGGCACAGUGAAAUUGAAACACGAGUUACCAACAGCCGGUGGCACAUCCUUUGCACUACCUCCAACUAGUGACUGGAGAUCACAAGCACCUGGAGGUGCCAAUUCACCCCUGUUUGGAUGUGGAGAUCGGUAUUCAAAAAGGCUUAACAUGUUGAAAAAGCACCAUCCUCGGUUUGAUGAUAUAAUUAUGUGCCUUAGAUAUAAAUUUGAAAAUCCAUAUCAGUCUAUGAUGGUAGCUUUCAAGCGACAAGAUCCAAGGCACAGUAACAGAGUUCGCGAGACUGAUUGUUUGGGUGUUUUACGGGAAUACGGCUUGCCGGUGACUGCAUCUGAUCUUACCACUUUCUUGCGUCGCAUUUUAAGUUCUUCUGAAGCUGAUGGCUACGGAAUCGGACGUGACAAACCCCCAGAAACAGAUGGAGUAGAGAGUGAUUUCGCUAAUAUUCGACCUGGACUUGUUCCUUACAAGCGUUUGUUAAGCUUCUAUCAAAACCGCGCCAAAGGUUCACGAGCCCGACAAGUUAUGAAAAAUCUUGCCGCGAAGACUACCGUAACGUUCGGAGAGACUAAAGCGGAAUAUUUAACACCAGAUGAAAUAGAAGAAGAGUUUGUGAAAAUCCUUCACGGAGACUAUAUCAAAUUCCGAAAGUUACUGAGCCAGAAUGGCAAUGCUCAAAAAGGCAUAGAUGAAACGAAUUUUAAACGUAUCAUCAACGAAGCCAUCGGGUUUGAUAUGACAGACGAGCAAUGGGAGCAGUUAAAAACGCAUCUGGUUUCUCUCCAACCGGGAGUUAUAAAUUGGCAGAGCUUCAUUGAUAUUUUCAAUUAUCCGUAA